GCUGUCAAUACAAUUUGCCUCAACGGGUUUACCACGGUCUUCUAGAUCAACCUCAGCAAGUAAAUUAUCACGUUUAACUGUGCUACUUUCUCUCAUUGUGCGCUUUAUGGAUUACAUUAACAUUGGGACUGGUGUUACAACUUUGAGAACAGAAACUCUCGUAGAGCUUUUGCAACUCUGUGAAACUGAAAGUGUAUCAUACCUGGAUGAGGUGGCCAGCAACACAACAACUCAAAAUAUGGCAAAGUCUGUUGGACUUGAGGUUCUUGCAUUGCUGGUAAAAGCUUGGAAUAGAUUCAAGACAGGUACUGGCUGCAGUCAUUACGGCAGGUGCUUCUAGAGAGCCUGAAAUCCUAGCUGAAAUAAGAGAUGCUGUUUUUUCUUUCAUUCGUAAAAUGGAGCCCAGAAGAGUGAUGGAUACGAUGCUUGUCUCUCGUGUUAGGAUUUUCUAUAUAAUGUCCCGGCUUGCUCGAUCACCAGAGCUACAAUCAAUUAAGGUUUCUCAAGUUGAGCGCUGGAAGAUCUCUAGUUCGUUACGAUUCUAGUUCAAGGAAUAUGCUGGUUGGGGACCGAAUUCAAGGGUUCAAAGUAAAUAUAAAACCAGAGAAGAAGUCAAAGUUGUCAUCAGUAGUUCUGAAGAUACGUGGAAUCAGUAGUUUCAGAAGCAAAGCAACAAUCAAUGAUUUCCUUUCCAUUGCUGAUGACACGGCUGCAGGAGCAACUGGUCAGCUGGAACUUCUCUCUACAGCAAUAAUGGAUGGUUGGAUGGCUGGACUUGGUGUUGGCCAGCCUCCGACUACCGAUGCUCUUGGACAGUUGUUAUCUGAAUAUGCCAGAUGUCUUUAUACUUCACAGCUGCAACAUUUGAAGGAUAUUGCUGGUACUUUGGCGACUGAAGCAGCGGAAGACUCUGCUCAAGUAGCUAAGCUACGUUCAGCUCUUGAAUCUGUUGAUCACAAGAGAAGAAAGAUUUUACAACAAAUGAAAAACGGCACAGAGAUGUUAAAUUUAGAAAGUGGCGCUGCACCUAUUCGGAGUCCUUCCACUUCUGCUGAAGAUGCAAGGCUAGUGUCGUUAAUCUCCCUCAACAGCAUACUGAAGCAAGUCAAGGUUUAGGGGCUGCACAUUUGGAGUGUUGUGGGGGCUGGAAAUCGAGAAGAUGUGGAGGAAGACAAGAGAUGAGAUUUACUACAUCACUCACUUGUCUUAUUGCUAAGUUUAGCAAUUGUUGAAGCAUUAGGUUUGGAGUAGCUCUUGACCAUGCCCUAGUUUAGCCAUUAGGUUCUCAUUGUGUGGAAAUCGAGGCAUGCACCACUUGUAUUUCCAUCAUUCUUGUAAUAAUACUCCUCAAGGUGUUUAUCUAAUAAAAGUAUAUCUUUCACUUUUA